AUGACUUUACGUAAUAUUGGAAUAGUAUUCUCUCCGACUCUUGGCAUACCUGCAGGAGUAUUUAAUCUGUUUAUGGCAGAAUAUGAUUAUAUCUUUUUCACGGAUGCUGAGGGCUGUGCAGCUCCAAGGAGUAUUUCACCAGAUUUACAGGAUGCGCAGCAAUUGCCUCCUCAGCAACCGCAAUCAGAAACAUCUUUGUCUUCUAAUAGCUCUUCCGACGGCGGAUUAAAGCCGCGCUCUCUAAGUCCAUCCAAUACGGAAAACUCUAGUUUACGAGCAAACUACCUUCGCGAGGAAGCGUCCGGUCGCACUAAUCGGAAUAGCGUCCAAUACAUGGAAUGUCUCCCUAACGCCCUUGCUGGACUUGAAAGAAAAUUAACAAUAACACGCCACGAGUCCGACGACGAGGAAGUGAACGAUCUCGCUCUACAAGCUGAUGAUGACGAAGAAGAAGAUCAUUCGGCUGAUGAGGGAGAACAGAGUAUAGCUGGGAAUCUUUCUCCGACACCACCGUCUGCGUCGGCUCCCCAGAGUCCACAAUCAUUCAACCCAACCGUUCCGACGUCGCCGAGGGAUGAAAGUUUCGCAACAAUAGAAAGUGGUGAUUCUUUAGAUGGAAAAGGCCGGCAGGAACAUACCGGGCAAAGGUUGAGCAAGGAUGAUUUGGAUGCGAUGACAAAGACAAAAAGGACCACU